AUGACUGAAUUUAUUAUAAAGAUUAUACAUAGCAAACAUUUUAUAAGAUGGUACGACGCAGGGAGUGGAUUAAAGAUGAGACAAGAUUGGGACAAUUGGCAAUUAGAUAUUUUAUUAAUCAAAAAUGAUGGAAAACGCGGUCGAGCUUUCUUUGAAGAAGAACAAUUUGAAUUUAAUUUGGAUGAGGUAAAUGUUUCUUCACUGCAGACACCUCCUGGUAGAAUUUACAUGGAGUUAACAAAUAUGGCAUCAAGAAACAAUAAAAAUUUUCCACCUCCAGUCACGAGAAACGAGAACGAGAAGAGCAAUUUGGAGGAAGAAAAAGUGGUUGGACCAAUUACGUCCACAAAUGAAUUAAGGGAAAAAUUGACUGUUUUAGAAGAAAUAUUCGAAGAGUCAUCAAAUUUGAUGGAAUGGGAACAUAUUAAUUUGCAAGCAGUUAUGGAUGUCAAAAAAGAGAAUGGUUUCAAUGUCGGGGAUGUAUCACCUAAAUUUAAAAAUUGGGCGAUGCAAACAAAUAACUUCCUUCUUUUGGGAAAUAAAAUCAUCAGUCAUGCGGAACAAAACAAAAUCCUGCAAGAAUACACGAAACUCAAUGAUGAUUUUACACAUAACCUUAAGGAGGAACACCGAUGGACAGAUGAAAAGGAGACAGGAGAGAAAAGGCCAAAGCCAGUAUCGCCAAAGAAUGAGAUUGUGAUAGCAAGGCAGAAACAAGAACAGAAGGAUAGAACGAAGAAGAAACGGGAGGAGUGA